AUGGAAGAGGCGGCGGACCCCUACCUCCCUACGAUGGGGGUGGUGAUGACAUACCACUGCGGGAGCUCCAUAAGAGAGGAACACACUACAACAUGUCAAAUGGAGGUGGCGCUAACAGUAGCACCCAUCUACUGGAUCUGCUAGAUGAGCCCAUCCCAGGAGUCGGCACUUACGAUGACUUCCAUACCAUUGAUUGGGUGAGAGAGAAGUGCAAAGACCGGGAGCGCCAUCGGAGGAUUAACAGCAAAAAGAAGGAGUCUGCAUGGGAGUUAUCGAAAAGCCUCUAUGAUGCUUGGUCAGGGUGGCUGGUUGUAACGCUAACUGGUUUAGCAUCAGGUGCCCUUGCAGGCUUAAUAGACAUUGCAGCAGACUGGAUGGCAGAUUUGAAGGAAGGGAUUUGCAUGAAUAAGUUUUGGUUUAACCAUGAGCAAUGUUGCUGGGAUUCAAAUGACGCUACAUUUGAUGAACGAGACAAGUGUCCACAAUGGAACACCUGGGCGGAUCUCAUUAUUGGCCAGGCAGAAGGUCCUGGAUCUUAUAUAAUGAACUACAUUAUGUACAUCUUCUGGGCUUUGAGUUUUGCCUUUUUGGCUGUUUGUCUUGUGAAAGUGUUUGCCCCUUAUGCCUGUGGCUCAGGAAUUCCAGAGAUUAAAACCAUUUUAAGUGGAUUCAUCAUCAGAGGAUACUUGGGAAAGUGGACUUUAAUGAUCAAAACUGUAACACUGGUACUUGCUGUGGCUUCAGGCCUGAGCUUAGGGAAGGAAGGUCCCUUAGUACAUGUUGCUUGCUGCUGUGGAAAUAUAUUCUCCUACCUCUUUCCAAAGUAUAGCACAAAUGAGGCAAAGAAAAGGGAGGUUCUUUCAGCAGCUUCAGCAGCUGGUGUAUCUGUAGCGUUUGGUGCACCUAUUGGUGGUGUCCUGUUCAGCUUGGAGGAGGUCAGUUACUACUUCCCACUCAAGACGUUAUGGAGAUCCUUCUUCGCAGCUUUGGUGGCUGCAUUCAUCUUGCGAUCUAUUAAUCCCUUUGGGAACAGCCGGCUUGUGUUAUUUUAUGUAGAGUACCACACUCCAUGGUAUCUAUUUGAACUGAUCCCAUUCAUCCUUUUGGGAGUGUUUGGCGGUCUGUGGGGAGCCUUUUUCAUCCGUGCAAACAUUGCCUGGUGUCGGCGCCGAAAGACAACAAAGUUUGGAAAGUACCCAGUGUUGGAGGUUAUUGUGGUGGCAGCCAUUACAGCAAUUGUUGCUUUCCCAAACCCCUACACACGCUUCAACACCAGCCAACUGAUUAAAGAGCUCUUCACAGAUUGUGGGCCUUUGGAAUCCUCUUCGCUUUGUGAUUAUAAAAAUGAUAUGAAUGCUAGCAAGAUUGUGGAUGAUAUUCCGGACCGGCCUGCUGGUAAUGGAGUUUACUCUGCCAUGUGGCAGCUGUGCUUGGCACUUGUGUUCAAAAUCAUCAUGACAGUCUUCACAUUUGGCAUUAAGGUUCCAUCUGGCCUAUUUAUCCCUAGCAUGGCUUAUUACCACCAUGACUGGUUCAUAUUCAAGCAGUGGUGUGAAGUAGGUGCGGACUGCAUCACCCCAGGGCUGUAUGCUAUGGUUGGGGCCGCUGCUUGUUUGGGUGGAGUAACUCGAAUGACUGUGUCCCUCGUUGUUAUCGUCUUUGAGCUCACAGGAGGUUUAGAGUACAUUGUACCACUAAUGGCGGCAGUAAUGACCAGUAAGUGGGUUGGAGAUGCUUUUGGACGGGAAGGCAUCUAUGAGUCUCACAUACGAUUGAAUGGCUAUCCUUUCUUGGAUGCAAAGGAAGAAUUCACACAUACUACACUGGCACGUGAUGUGAUGAGGCCAAGGAGGAGUGACCCACCGCUAGCAGUUCUCACUCAAGAUAAUAUGACUGUAGAUGAUAUAGAAAGCCUGAUCAAUGAAACCAGCUACAAUGGAUUUCCUGUAAUCAUGUCAAAGGAGUCUCAACGGCUGGUUGGUUUUGCUCUGAGAAGAGAUUUAACAUUAGCUAUAGAAAAUGCAAGAAAAAAGCAGGAGGGCAUUGUUGGAAGUUCCCGGGUAUGCUUUGCUCAACACACUCCAUCCCUGCCUGCAGAAAGCCCUCGCCCCUUGAAACUCCGCAGCAUCUUGGACAUGAGUCCCUUUACAGUAACGGACCAUACACCAAUGGAGAUAGUAGUGGAUAUAUUCCGCAAGCUGGGGCUUAGACAGUGCCUUGUCACUCACAACGGACGCCUCCUUGGCAUUAUCACAAAAAAAGAUAUCCUCCGUCAUAUGGCCCAAAUGGCAAAUCACGACCCAGAGUCAAUAAUGUUCAACUGA